AUUCGCUCGUAGUGCGCUGAAUGUAACCAAUAAUAUCGGAUAGCUGGCAUAUCAUUUAGUAAAAUGAUAGUGGAAAGAACUGUGUGUUGAAUGUUACCAUUGUAUAGUGCUAUUUUGUGAAUAUAAUGAGACUGAUUACCGGUAUCUCACCAAUCAUCACGAUCCUGUGGAUUUUGAUUACAACUAAUCUAGCAUGCGGCAAAAGGCUAUUAAUCAUUACGCCAACUCCAUCCUACAGUCAUCAGAUAGUAUUUCGGGCAAUAUGUCUUGCUUUGAGCAAGCGAGGACAUGAGAUAGUAACACUGACUCCUAAUGUUCUAAACGAUCCUAGCGUGACCAACUACACGGAAAUAGACUUCGGUUUUGCAUAUGAAAAAAUUGACGACUCUGACAUAAGUCAGAGCCGUUGGAAUCUCACACAAUUGGCGGGAUUAAAAACCAGAUUGCUAACGCUGGGUCAUAUCAUGGCGGAGGAUGUCCUCAGCCAUCCCGAUCUCGCCAAGUAUCACGCAAAUGGGACCGAUGUGCAAUUUGACGCGGUAAUAGCGGAGAUGAUUAUGACUCCCGCGAUCUACAUGCUGGCGCACAGAUUUAACGCACCGUUAAUAGGUAUCAUGUCUAUGGAUUUGCAAAACUGCCAUCGUUUCACUCUCGGUAGUCCCGUGCUGCCGUCACAUCCCUCGAAUUGGGAGCUCGAAAGUUCCACAGGAUUAUACGUGCCAUUUUGGAGUCGAUUGGUGAACUUCGUCAAUACUUGGUGGAGCAUAUACUCGUGGUUUAAUAAUUUCGCGAGCAAACAACAACAGAUUGCCGAAAAGUAUUUCGGUAACGAUAUACCGCAUGUCAUCGACGUUGCGAAGAAUAUGAGCCUUGUCUUGAUCAAUCAAGAACCCUUGCUUGCAUAUGCGAGACCCGAAAUACCUAACGUCGUUCACUUCAGCGGACUGCACAUCGCAAAGACGCCACCAUCGUUAUCAAAGAAUCUACAAGCUUUCCUGGACGAUGCGACAAAUGGCUUCGUUUAUGUAAGCCUGGGGUCAAACACGAAAAGCAAAUUAUUGCCGCAGGAAACACUGCAGAUCUUUGCGGACGCUUUCGCCAGCUUGCCGUACAAAGUACUAUGGAAAUUCGAGAACGAUAGCUUUUCCGUCCCCCCGAAUGUUUUUAUCUCGAAAUGGACCCCACAGCAGGGUGUGCUAGCUCAUCCGAACAUCAAGCUUUUCAUUUAUCAAGGCGGACUGCAGAGUACCGAAGAAGCGGUUCAUUAUGCCGUCCCGCUCGUAGGAAUACCGUUUGUCUUCGAUCAGGUGUACCAAGUUAUGAAAAUGGUUUCUCUGGGAGUUGCAAGGUACCUAGACAUAGUCCAGCUUACCACAUCGGAAUUGCGCGACGCUAUACUGGAAGUCGCCGAUGAUAAAGGAUACAAAGAUAGAAUGCUGGCGCUACGUGCCCUCACAAAGGACAAGCCUUAUGAUAGCUUAGAGAAUGUUAUAUGGUGGAUCGAGUUCAUAAUGCGUCACAAUGGCGCACCUCAUUUACGUUUCAAUGGGGUCGAUACCGCGUGGUAUCAGCAAUUCGAUUUAGAUGUCAUUGUAUUCCUGGCGAUAACAUCAUUCUUAGUUUUAUGCGCUAUUUUAGGUGCCGUAGGAUGGGUUUCAACGCAGUUAUAUAUAUACUUUGAUUUGAGCAAUCGAUGUAUAUUGCGACGAUAUAUAAGACGUAUAAUGAAUGAAAAGACGAAAUCGGCGUAAUAUUGUAUAAAUUGAAAGAUACUCGAAUCAUCGUUGCGUAUUUUUGUCUUACUCGCCCGUCCACGAGCUUGAGCAUACCUCAGUUUAACAAUAGCAUUGUUUUGGGAAUGUCCAGACUAUGCGGAAUAUCGCGGAUGUGUCCCUCUUUUAUCCCUCGGGCAUUUGCAUGCGGAUUUUACAGUGCUCAUUUAUACGAAAAAUAGAGAAGCGUGCAAGAGUCGGAGAAAGUGAGAGAGGAUAAAUUCCGGCAUAGAGGAGAACGCUGUGAAUAUAAAACUGGCGGUUGAGUGAAAUGGGUUUUGUAAACGCACGAAAUUGCAUCCCCAGGUCUAUUAUGCUCAUUUGCGCGUACCCGUAGAAUUAGAAGAUAUAGAAAGUGAAGAAAGAUAAACAAAAGAAACAUCCCAGA